AUGUUGGAAGAAUUGAGGCAGAAUUACGUCAUUUUGAGUGGUGGUGUAAUUGCCAUAAAACCUCUGCCCUGCAAAUUUGUGACGAAGUACAAUCAUCGAGAUGGCAAGUUAACAAUGAAAAUGACCGAUGAUGUGGUGUGCGUCCAGUUCAGUACCAAUCAACUGCAAGACGUGAAAAGACUGGAGAAGUUAUCGGCAUCGCUUAUGAGAUCGAUGGUUUCUUCGCACAGCUAG